AGUCCAUUAGAAGCCAUCGAUCAGCCAUGGCCGGCGGAAAAGGAAGUUUGUUUGCCAUUGGCACACUGUUGCUGGUCUGCGCGUUGACAGAAUGGACCGAGGGCCGCUGUGUCCGCAGACCCAGCCUAGAAGUGGGCCGAAAGUUGCGCGCAUCCCGGGCACGGGUUUCAUCCAAGCCGGGCGGUAAUGGUGCCAGAAACGCCAGACCGUGGGAGUCCGGAUUUGGCUAUUAUAAGGAGGGUGACAUCAUGGAGCCACCCCAGCGUCAGCGGAAUGGUGUCGCACUGAGUGCCUUCCCGAAUGCUCGCUGGCCAAACGCAGUGAUACCGUACGUGAUUACGAACACGUUCACUGCUGACCAGCGGACGACCAUUCAGUCGGGCAUGGCACAGAUCGCUGCCGCCACGUGCGUCAGGUUCGUGCCACGCACGUCCGAAGCUAUCUACCUGACGGUCGGUAACGGUGAGUCGGGCUGCUGGUCGUACGUGGGACGCAGCACACGCAACACCGAGAACCAGGUCAACCUGCAGAGCCCCGAGUGUGUGGACAUCGGAACGGUGGUGCACGAGCUGAUGCACGCCAUCGGCUUCUACCACGAGUUUACGCGCCCCGACCGCGACGAGUACGUGUCGAUCGAUCGUACCGCGCUGGCGGCGGAAUAUCAGACGGAUACGUUCUUCCAGGACAACUACGCCAAGAUGGCCGCCAACGAGGUAGUGCUGUACGGCAGAGCGUACGAUUACGGUAGUGUGAUGCACUACUCGAAGUAUGCCGCUGCCGCGAGCCGUACCCGCCCGGUCAUGAACAACCUGAAACCUUGGACCGGUGACUUUGGCAACGAUAAUGGUCUGUCACCGGCGGACAUUAUCGAUAUCAAUUAUAUGUACUGUAACAGCACGACUACUAGUACUGCUGCUGCUGCUGCCACCACUACCACCACUACUACCACCGCAAGACCGGUAACCACCACGACUACCACCUCCCGAGCGGCGACUACUACGUCCACCACGACUCGGGCCGCCGCUACUACCACCACGACCACUACUCGGGCCCCAACUACGACCACCACCACCACCAGGGCAGCAACGACCACUACCAGAAUCCUGACCUUUCCGACGCUCUUCCCGAACCGUACGACCGUCUUCACAACGCUCAUUCAGGUGCCAUUAACCCGGUUCCUGGAGGUGCUCCGGUCGCUCCCGCUGUUCAACCUGUUCAGCCUGGGAUAAACGUUCGGGAAGGCUUUUAUCAAUUCUUUUUCCUAUCAAUAAAUUCUGAAUGUAACAUACAAACACAGAGCUGUCUGUGUGAGAAUUGAGAACAUGAAACGAGACGACUGUUCCCUGUUGUUAUUUGCAAUUGCACGAGAUCAGUUGUGUCAAUAAAACCAACCUUGCUUAAACGUCAA